CCUGGCCCACCCGAGGGCUCCGGACCCAUGGGGGCUCCUCGGACACGCCCCGCCCAAGCCCUCCACCGCCUGCUCGCUGUGGUCAUUUCAGCAAUGACUGUUGGUUCCAUGACAAACCAAGAACCAUCGGGAAUUAGGUGUGUUUUACUUGCCUCCAAAAUCAACAGCUCGUCAACAUGGAUAUCGUCAACAUCACCUAUGGUUUCGGAUCAAGUGUUGGUGGAAGAUCUUGGCUGCUUUCUGAAACAUCGAGAUCCAACAGCGGCCUACCAAGCUAUUAAACCAGUGGAAAUUGGUAUCUUUGCCACUGCUACUCUGCAAGUGACGCUGAACAUUCUGGGAAAUGUUUCAUGCCUUUGGGUCUCGAGUCACAACCCCAUUGACUGCCAACCUGAUUUUGACUCAGAAAACAGGACUGUUCUUUCUCUGGUCAUUUCGAAAAUGACAGAAACCCAAGCCGGAGAAUACCUCCUCUCAGUUCACAAUGGAACGACGAUUUGCACAGUGCUGUUUGCAGUGAGUGUAAAACGAAACUUAAGGAAGCCCUACUUCAGGAAACUGGAAGACCAGGAUUCAGUGGAUUGUGUGUCUGACAGCUUCCCUGAGCCCGUGAUGGAAUGGCUGUUUUGCCAGACCCUCAGCGAGAGCUGUAGGAAGACAAGUCUCGCCAUCUUGAAGAGAGAGGAGAUGGUACAGCAUGAGUUAUUAGGAACAGACAUCUGGUGCUGUGCGAGGAAUGAAUUGGGCCGGGAGUGUACCAAGCUCUUUACACUAGAUCUAAAUAAAGCACCACAAGCACCCCUACCACAAUUCUUUCUUAAAAUCGGGGAGCCGUUGUUGAUAAGAUGCAAAGCUGUUCAUAAAGACCACCGGUUUGGACUCACGUGGAAGGUGGAAAAUAAAGAAUUACAAGAGGGCAGCUACUUUGAGAUUAGUGGGUAUCAAAGCAACAGAACUAUGGCACGGAUUUUGUUCGCCUUUGUCUCAUCAGUGGGAAGAAGUGAUGCUGGACAUUAUACUUGUUCUUCCUCAGAGGAUACCAGCAGAACAGCUUUGGUUACAGUCUUAGAAAAAGGGUUCAUAAAUGCAUCCAAUACGAAAGAAGACUAUGAAAUUGAUCUGAAUGAAGAGUUUUGCUUUGCAGUCAAACUUAGAGCAUACCCACAAAUCAGCUGCACAUGGACAUUUUCUCAAAUAUCACUGCCUUGCAAAAACAGUAACCUUGAAGAUGAAUACAGCAUAUCUCAAUUUUGCGAUCAUAAGCAUCAGCCAGGAGAAUACAUAUUCCAUGCUGAAAAUGGUGAUGCACAUUUCACGAAAAUAUUUACGCUGUCUGUGAGAAGAAAACCACAGGUAACAAUGCAAGUAUCAGCAACCCAGGUCUCCUGCUACUCCAGCGGCUACCCAUCACCAUCUUGGGUCUGGAAGAAAUGCUCAGAGGACUCUCCCAACUGCACGGAAGAAGCCACCGACAGGGUUUGGAAGGAGAGAUCCAGAGUGGGCGGCACGGCACUGGGACCAUGGGCGUCAGGCAGCACGAUGAACGUGAGCCAACGGGAGAGAGGAUUCUGGUUCGAGUGCUGUGCCCACAAUUCCGUGGGCUCAUCCUGCCAAAGGUUUCUCAACUCCCCAGAAGCCAUUUCUGUCAUCCAAGACAAUAACUCAUUCUAUGCAACAAUUGGAUUUUGUCUUCCAUUUAUAGCAGUUUUACUGCUAGUAAUCUCUCACAAAUUCAAAAAGCAACUUAGAUAUGAGAGCCAACUGCAAAUGAUUCAGAUGACAGGCCCUGCGGAUAAUGAGUAUUUCUACAUUGACUUCAGGGAGUUCGAAUAUGACCUCAAGUGGGAAUUCCCGAGAGAAAACUUGGAAUUUGGGCGAGUGCUUGGCUCUGGCGCCUUUGGCAAAGUGGUGAACGCUACAGCGUAUGGAAUCAGCAAAACGGGAGUGUCGAUCCAGGUGGCCGUCAAAAUGCUGAAAGAAAAGCCAGACAGUUCAGAGAAAGAAGCUCUCAUGUCGGAGCUCAAAAUGAUGACCCACAUUGGCAGCCACGAGAACAUCGUGAAUCUGCUGGGGGCCUGCACCCUCUCAGGACCAAUUUACUUAAUAUUUGAAUACUGUUGCUAUGGUGAUCUUCUAAACUACUUAAGAAGCAAAAGAGAAAAAUUUCACAGGACCUGGACAGAGAUCUUCAAGCAACACAAUUUCAGUUUUUACCCCCGCCUCCACUUACAUUCAAGCACCAGAACCCAUGACUUUGAAGGUGUUCUGAUGAAUGACAAUUUUGAUUUGAUCGAUGGGAUUCCAUUUUAUUCUGAAGGAGAUCCUGACUAUGAAAACAGAAAAAAGCAGGACGAGGAGGAGGAUUUCAACGUGCUCACGUAUGAAGAUCUCCUCUGUUUCUCGUACCAAGUUGCCAGAGGAAUGGAAUUUCUCGAAUUGAAGUUGUGUGUCCACCGAGACCUUGCCGCCAGGAACAUCCUCGUGACACAUGGGAAAGUGGUGAAGAUAUGUGACUUUGGACUGGCCAGGGAUAUCCUGAACGAUUCCAACUACGUGGUCAGAGGCAAUGCUCGUUUACCGGUGAAGUGGAUGGCCCCUGAAAGCCUGUUUGAAGGGAUAUACACAAUCAAGAGUGAUGUCUGGUCUUUUGGAAUACUACUGUGGGAAAUAUUCUCUCUCGGUGUCAAUCCUUACCCCGGCAUCCAAGUGGAUACAAGCUUCUACAGGCUCAUUCAAAGUGGAUUUCAGAUGGACCCGCCCUUCUAUGCCACAGGAGAAGUGUACCUGGUCAUGCAGGCCUGCUGGGCAUCCGACUCCAGCAAGCGACCCCCCUUUUCCCAGCUGACCUCCUUCCUGGGUUGCCAGCUGGCAAAUGCAGAAGCAGAGGUGUACCAAAACAUGGACAGCUGCAUUUCUAAACAAGCUUCUGGCUACCAAAACAGGCUGUCUGGCCCCUGCCUCUCUCCAGCCUCGGGGUGAAGGUUCAUAGAGAGGGAAACGGGUGUCCCAGGCUGGUGCCAGAGAAUCAUCCAUGUCAUCCCUAGAAAGGAAGAGAUUUGCAGCUGCUCCUAUUUGGGAAUCUCCAUCAACCGUUGAAGGAAAUCUUUGUAAGUUCACUGUACACUGCUCACAAGCCUGGAGUUCGACGUUAAGGAACGAAGUCUCUCACCAGAGGCACCUGCAGCCAGAGCUCUCUCACACGGAUGAGCGCGGAAAUCUCACCAGAAAGACUUUCCAGCUUGUAAAUCCUCGAAGUCACAGGCGCUUUAGUUGGAAGCUACCGUGCCUUUGAGCCGUGUUUUAUUGUAAAUUGCCUUUUUGGGUUGUGGCAGGGUUUUAGCCAUCCU